AUGCAAGCAUUGCAGGCCCUUUCUGCCCUCUGGAAGCCUAUUAUUUGGCAUUUCCACAUUGGCCUGCUCCCAGUUGCGGGCCCCAGGCCAGCGUUCAUUGCCUACAGAUGCCAGUCCCCUAAAUUAAGGAGCCUUGGUCACAGGUCGCCGUCAACCAGGAAGCGGCGCAGGAAGCAGCAGGAGCCGGACGCGGCGAGCGCGGCCGGGGAGCGCAGCCUCCUGGCGGCCGCCGAGUCGAGCGCCAGCCUGCAGGGCGCGGGCGCGGGCGGCGGCGGCGUCGGGGACUUGGAGCGCGCGGCACGGCGGCAGUUCCAGCAGGACGAGACCCCCGCCUUCGUGUACGUGGUGGCCGUCUUCUCCGCGCUGGGCGGCUUCCUGUUCGGCUAUGACACCGGCGUGGUGUCGGGGGCCAUGCUGCUGCUCAAGCGGCAGCUCAGCCUGGACGCGCUGUGGCAGGAGCUGCUCGUGUCCAGCACGGUGGGGGCGGCCGCCGUCUCGGCGCUGGCCGGCGGGGCCAUCAACGGCGUCUUCGGCCGUCGCGCCGCCAUCCUGCUGGCCAGUGCCCUCUUCACGGUCGGUUCCGCGGUGCUGGCCGCGGCCAACAACAAGGAGACGCUGCUCGCCGGCCGCUUGGUCGUGGGGCUCGGCAUCGGCAUUGCCUCCAUGACGGUGCCAGUGUACAUCGCCGAAGUCUCCCCGCCCAAUUUAAGAGGUCGCUUAGUCACCAUCAACACCCUCUUCAUCACUGGAGGCCAGUUCUUUGCGAGUGUCGUUGAUGGAGCCUUCAGUUACCUCCAAAAGGAUGGAUGGAGGUAUAUGCUGGGGCUUGCAGCAAUUCCAGCAGCCAUACAGUUUCUGGGCUUUCUCUUUUUACCUGAAAGCCCUCGAUGGCUGAUUCAGAAAGGACAGACUCAGAAGGCCCGGAGAAUUUUAUCUCAGAUGCGUGGUAACCAGACCAUUGAUGAGGAAUAUGAUAGCAUCAAAAACAACAUUGAAGAAGAGGAAAAAGAGGUUGGCUCAGCUGGACCUGUGAUCUGCAGAAUGCUGAGUUAUCCCCCAACUCGCCGAGCUUUAACUGUGGGUUGUGGUCUGCAAAUGUUCCAGCAGCUCUCAGGCAUUAACACCAUCAUGUACUACAGUGCAACCAUUCUGCAGAUGUCUGGCGUUGAAGAUGACAGACUUGCAAUAUGGCUGGCUUCAGUUACAGCCUUCACAAAUUUCAUUUUCACGCUCGUGGGAGUCUGGCUUGUGGAGAAAGUGGGCCGCAGAAAGCUUACCUUUGGGAGCUUAGCAGGUACCACCGUAGCACUUAUUGUUCUUGCUUUGGGAUUUCUGCUAUCAGCCCAAGUUUCCCCACGCAUCACAUUUAAACCAGUAGCUCCAUCAGGACAGAACACUACUUGCACAAGAUACAGUUACUGUAAUGAAUGUAUGUUGGAUCCAGACUGUGGUUUCUGCUACAAGAUGAACAAAUCAACUGUCAUUGAUUCUUCCUGUGUUCCAGUUAAUAAAGCAUCUACCAAUGAGGCAGCCUGGGGCAGGUGUGAAAAUGAAACCAAAUUCAAAACAGAAGAAGUAUUUUGGGCUUACAAUUUCUGCCCCACGCCAUACUCCUGGACUGCACUUCUGGGCCUUAUUUUAUAUCUUGUUUUCUUCGCACCUGGAAUGGGACCAAUGCCUUGGACUGUGAAUUCUGAAAUAUAUCCCCUUUGGGCAAGAAGUACAGGAAAUGCAUGUUCAUCUGGAAUAAAUUGGAUGUUCAACGUUUUGGUUUCACUGACAUUUUUACACACAGCAGAGUAUCUUACAUAUUAUGGGGCCUUCUUCCUCUAUGCUGGAUUCGCUGCCUUCGGACUCCUUUUCAUCUAUGGCUGUCUUCCUGAGACCAAAGGGAAAAAAUUAGAGGAAAUCGAGUCCCUCUUUGACAACAGGUUAUGUACAUGUGGCGCUUCAGAUUCUGAUGAAGGGAGAUAUAUUGAAUAUAUUCGGGUGAAGGGAAGUAACUAUCAUCUUUCUGACAAUGAUGCUUCUGAUGUGGAAUAAUUUUCAGCUGCUGAUAUAUUUAGGUAUUUAAACAAACUUGGGGAACAAAAGCAGCAAUUGGUGACCUCACUGCCCUGCUUUUAAUCUGGUUCUUUCCACAGUCUAGUUUUGAAUGACCUCACAUUCUAGAAUGUUUGAUUAGGAGGAAGAUACAACCAUGAUACCAUUUUUUUUUCCACAAGCAGAAAUGUGAAACAAUAUUUAGAGAUUUUAAAUUAAUAAUUAUUGAACAAAUGUAUGUAAUUCCUUCCUGAGAUAGUCUAAAACAAAUAUUGUAUCCAGUGAUUUCAGUGGUAUCCUUUUUUCCUAAGACCUUAUAUAAUUAUUAGUGGCAAUAGAGUCAGUGCUAAACUAGCUGAGUCGGAUAUGUAUGAUAUACUUAUGAAGAAGAAUUCUGGGAUAUGAUCCAAGGGUGUUAUCUGUCAAAACAUGGCCUGUUGGCCCUAGAUUUUCGUAAGGACAAGUAGCUUACCUGUGAUCAGCUUCUAGAAAGUAAAUGCCAUUUAAGCUUUCAGCAGAUGCUAAAGCACCUCCACAGAGUGAUCGCCUUUGGAUCCCACAUUUUGGUCUCUCUCUCCAAGUCAGAUCUGGAGAGCUCUUCAUAAACGGACUCUGCACAGGACCUUUGGAACAUUAUGAAAAGCAGGUCUUUAAGGGUUUAUUUUCAUACGUAUUUUUUGCAUCAGUGAUAAGUAUGCAUUUGCACAGAUAAGCUAGCAAGUUUUGAUAAGUAUAUUUUAUUGCUAGAAAGUAAGAAAGAAAACAUUUUUAUGGAUCCCUGAUCGGGUUAGUCACUUAGGUAUGCAACUAUAAACGCAAAACAGCGCCAGAUCUUCACGUGUAUUUCAGGGUUUCUGUUCACGCCCAAAUCACCUGAUACUCACCACGCCUUCACUCAUCGACUCUAGAGCCGGACGAUGUGUGCCUUCAUUUGUGUUCUAUAAAUAGCUGCUAGCAGACUAUUUUCCCCUUCUUUUAAUCCAAUAAUAUCUGAAACAAGGAAGAAAAUCAGUGACCGUGAAUCCUGUUGUUAUACUGAUGUUUAAGUAAAUAGUGGGACUUGUGUUUUUCUUAACUUUUAUUAACUCUUCAGAAGGGAAUUGUGACAUUUCACUACUUAGUAGUACUUGUCUUAUUUUACUUUAAGAGCAUAAACUUGUUUUUAUUUUGCACACACUUUUCUCAUUUUCCCAGUUUACAAAAAAAAUACAUAGAUUUGUCUCUGGGUGUUUCCUUUUUCUCAUACUUGGCUUGGAUUUUUGUCCUUGUCUAAAAAUUGAGAUUUUCUAUUGGCACAGAUUGUAAAAAUGCAUGCUAUAUUAGAAACA